UAAUUUCAUUGCAUUUGCUCCCGAGCAAAUGUGGGUGUUUGUGCCGCUCCUUGGCUGCGUGAACGGCGCUCUCUACAGGACGCGCAAUGUCCAUAUUGAAGGGAAACAGACGUGCGGGUCUAUGGAGAGCACAUGUCGGUCAAUUUAUCUAUGACUGAAACGAAAGGAAGUGUACAGGCCCGUACUUUGCCUCGCAUUUCGCCAUUUCAGCUGCAGCCGAGCCGGGCCUGUGCUGCGCGCGCCCACUGCAUGUGAGCCGCCUGCACUCUUUGUGCUUAUCAAGUGGCUUCUUUAAUUACGGACAAAGAAGUGACGUGAUUGCCCGAAUAAUCUCCCGUCGCGUAUGAGAUGAUGACGGCGUGAGUCAGAUCAGGGGAUCAGAAGCGUCUUUCAGCCGCAGGAGCCUAAAUGUCAGAGCCGAGACUCGUGUUUGGCACCUUAUAUCCCGCGUACUCAUCGUAUAAAGCCGUGAAGUCGAAAGAUGUAAAAGAAUAUGUAAAAUGGAUGAUGUACUGGAUAAUAUUUGCUCUGUUUACUACUGUGGAGGUUUUUACAGACAUGUUUCUUUGUUGGCUUCCUUUCUACUAUGAACUGAAGAUAGCGUUCGUGGUGUGGCUGCUGUCCCCGUACACCAAGGGCUCCAGUGUGCUGUACAGGAAGUUCGUCCAUCCCACGCUUUCCUCAAAAGAAAAGGACAUUGACGAGUAUCUCUGCCAAGCCAAGGACAAAAGCUACGACACGCUGGUCCAUUUUGGAAGAAAGGGGCUGAAUGUUGCAGCCACGGCUGCAGUCAUGGCUGCAACAAAGGGCCAAGGAGUCCUGUCGGACAGACUGCGGAGCUUCAGUAUGCAGGAUCUGUCUUCCUGCCAGUCCGACACAGACACCGGGCCCGGCGGCGCCGCCCAGCCCGCAGCAGCGAGGCACCAGAGCAGAACUAUGAUGCGCAGCAAGUCAGACAGCUACAACAAGGGGCAGGAUUUUGACAUGACUGAGUAUGAGGUGCUGGGUUUGAGCGAAUGGGACUCCAAAGAGUCGCCGUCACCGCCCGCCGCGUCGCCCCCCGAGCCCGAGUCCGCACCCGUCACACCCUCUCUGACUCCCCCGCCCUCUCCGACCUGCACCCCCGCUCCGCCUCCCGCCCCUCCAGCUCCGGAGCAUCCCGAGGAGGUGGGCAAAGGGGCGCAGACGGUGUCGAGCUCUCCACAGCUCAGGCUGAUUAAGAGGAAGGCUCCAGAGCCUCCACAUAGAGUCUUGAGGCCUCUCACAAGAUCCAGGAGUGCUCUUUCUUCAAACAAUGAAGCCAUGUGAACUGUCCUCAAAUCUCCUCCAGCUGCCUUUGCUGCAAGAAGUAAAAAUACUGAAUGGCCAAAAGCUACAUGACUGAAGCAGCCCUGCUUUGGAAUAAGGUAUUACCAAAGUGACCUACAACGACCCCUCUACAUAUAAGAUAAAUCUCAUGGCUCAUGAUUUAAAAAAGUGAGGUUUAGAAAAGUGAGUGAAUGGGUUCCAUACUGAGAGACACUUAUUGAAUAUGUAUUUAUGUACAGUUCGUGUGUGCUGAUUGUUUUCUAUACCGGGUUCGGGCAGGCGAUUGCAUGUGUGUCUUCCCACUUGUUAGUUUGCUGGUUCUUGAACAGAAUGUACUGUCACUGGAUCCCACAGCUGGCGCUGCGAGUGACACAGUCGCUGUUAGAGAAUGUGUCGCAAGCCAAGGAUACAAAACCAGGCUGUUUUACCUUUAACCUGUCUGUCGUAAUGAAACACCUGGAAGCAGCUG